AUGGCCUGUAAUUACCGUUUUGCCCCUGGCUCUCCCCUGUUCUUCAUCCUCCCCCUCCUCCUUCUCAUCUCCACCUCACCUUCCAUGGCGGCUCUGGUUAAGCAGCAGCCCCUCGUUCUCAAGUACCACAACGGGGUCCUCCUAAAAGGCACCGUCACUGUUAAUCUCAUCUGGUACGGCAGAUUCAGUCCUCCCCAGCGCGCCGUCAUCGUCGAUUUCCUCCAGUCCCUCAGCCCCCCCACACCCCUGCCGUCGCCUUCCGCCGCCGCCUGGUGGAGUACGACGGCAAAGUACAAGGGCGGCGGCGGCGCCUCCACCCUCCUCCUUGGGACUCAGAUUCUCGACGAGACCUACUCCCUCGGCAAAUCCCUAAAAAAUCCCCAAAUCGCCUAUCUGGCGUCCAAGGGCGGCCGCGGCGCAAUUAACGUCGUCCUAACGGCGAAUGACGUCGCCGUCGAGGGAUUCUGUAUGAGCCGGUGCGGAUCCCACAGAUCCACCUCCGGCCCGGGUCGGUUCGCUUACGCUUGGGUCGGGAACCCCGAGACUCAGUGCCCUGGGCAGUGCGCGUGGCCGUUCCACCAGCCGUUGUACGGCCCACAAACGCCGCCGCUGGUGGCGCCGAACGGCGACUUCGGCGUCGACGGGAUGGUGAUCAACCUGGCGACGGUUUUGGCCGGAACGGUGACAAACCCGUUCAACAGCGGGUACUUUCAGGGCUCGGCGAAGGCGCCGUUGGAGGCCGUCAGCGCCUGCACCGGAGUGUUCGGGUCGGGCGCGUACCCGGGCUAUGCGGGUAAUCUGCUGACGGAUAAGGUUACGGGUUCGAGCUACAACGCGAACGGGGUGAAGGGGAGGAAGUUUUUGCUGCCUGCUAUGUGGGAUCCACUGACGUCUAAAUGUUCAACGCUUGUUUGA